GAAAAAAAUUUAAAUACAAUUAAUGCAUUUUAGGCUAUAUAAGCAAGCAUGUUUAGAAGCCGCCCAUUUAAAGACCAUUUUAGUACUUUAGGUGCCGGAAGGUUUUCUAUGUGACUCGAUAUUUUGGUGAUUUGGUUCAUUUUUUGGUGUUAAUAGGGUGAUUGGUUUUAUUUUGGAGGUCUUAAGUGAGUUAAAAUGUCUUCUCGCGAAGAAAGUUACGUGAAUUAUGAGGAGGAGAACUUCCUCAAAUACGGGAAGUUCUUGUCCCAUCCACCCCCAGGUGAAGAAGUGUGCAUAACAGGUAUCUCGGGCUGCUUCCCAAACGCCGCCAACGUGGAGGAGUUCAAGGAGAAACUCUUCAACAAAAUCGACAUGAUCCAAGACGACAUCAGGUGGGGCAUGCACAACCCGGAGAUACCCAAACGUGUGGGCGCCACCACCGCCAUCGACAAGUUCGACUCGGGCUUCUUUGGCAUCAGCGGCAACCAAGCCAAGUACAUGUGCGUCCUGGUGAGGUUGUCUCUGGAGAGAGCCAUCGAAGCCAUCUGCGACGCCGGUGUCAACCCCAAAGAGUUGGAGGGUACUAGAACCGGCGUUUACGUGGGCACGUGCAAUUCCGAAUCGGAGAACCUGUGGUACCAAAUACGAGUCGAAAGUGGUUCCGCAGUGACUGGCUGCAUGAGGUCCAUGAUCUCCAACAGAAUCAGCUACUACUUGAAGCUGAUUGGGCCGUCAAUGAUAAUGGAUACGGCCUGCAGCAGCUCAGCAAUGGCCAUCGACACCGCCUAUCAACACAUGCGGGAGGGACGGAUUGACAACGCCAUAAUUUGCGGCAGCAUGGUGUCCUUGCACCCUUACACUAAUCUCCAGUUCGCCAGACUUGGAGUGUUGAGCAAAGACGGUAAGUGUAAAGUCUUCGACCAGUGCGGCGACGGGUAUGCCAGAUCUGAGGCGGUCACGUCCCUCUUCUUACAAAAAACUAAGAACGCCAAAAGAAUGUACGCCACCUUAAUUCACUCGAAAAUCAACAGUGAUGGUUACAAAGAGCAGGGCAUCACCUACCCCUCAAAAAUUGGUCAGAAAACCCUCCUAGAGGAGUUCUACAAGGAGUGCCAAGUUGAUCCGUCAACUUUGAGUUACUUUGAAGCUCACGGUACCGGUACGAAAGUGGGUGACCCCGAAGAGGCCAAUGGUAUUGAUGAAGUGUGCACCGAAAACAGGACCACCCCUUUGCUCAUCGGUUCGGUGAAGUCCAACAUCGGCCACACGGAACCGUCGUCAGGAGUCUGCUCCGUCAUUAAGUGCAUCAUCGCAACGGAAUCUGGCUUGAUUCCUCCGAACAUCAACUUCACUGCCCCCAGGGAAGACAUUCCUGGGAUCGUGGAAGGGAGGAUGAAGGUGGUUACUGAGCUGACUCCAUUUCAAGACGAUAGAGGGCUAAUAGGAAUCAGCAAUUUUGGAUUCGGUGGUUCCAACAGCCACAUUUUGAUAAAAUGGAACCCCAAAACCAACGCCAACAAAUCACUGACAAGUGAAGACUUACCUCGUUUAGUUUGCAUUGGUUCAAGGACUAAGGAAGGUGUUGAAAGUUUCUUGGACGAAGUCAAAACUACUUUGGAUGUGGAGUACAUUGGACUUCUGCACGAACUUUUUAAAAAUGAAAUUCCGAAUUUAUCGUAUCGUGGAUUUACCAUUAUUUCUAACGAGAAGGAGUUCGUUAGGUCAGUAAAGCACAUUGGAAACCCGAAGCCCUUGUAUCUAGUUUUUGGAGGCUACGAGGAUAACUGGAAGACGGUUGCUCAGCAAUUUUUGAAGGUUGCGAAUUUCAAAGAGACGAUUCAAAAGGUUCAAAACAUUGUGCAACCUCUUAACAUCAACAUCGAUGACAUAAUCUCAGCUGAAAGGAAUUCAGUGUUUGAAAACAUCUUUGGAAGCAUCGUCGUAAAACUUGGAAUAGUCGCAAUUCUUAAGAACAUCAAAUUAAAUCCGGAAGGAAUUAUUGGAUAUUCUUUGGGGGAACUGAUAUGUGCUUACUUUGACAACAGCCUUACCUUGGAAGAGGUUGUUUUGGCAGCAUGUUCCGUUGCUAAGUACGUGGAGAAAGUGGACCAAGCUUCUCAAGCUGAUAAUGUGUCUUUAUUAAAGCCCAAUUUAGUCCAGGACCUGAGUAAAAUCCUUAAAAAUCCAAAACCUUUGUCCGACCUGCACAUUUUCGGAAGGAACUCUUUGGCAUCUGCAGAUUUCUUCAUAAACUCUUUGACCAACGUGACUAAUUUGAAGGAUUUCUUGGCCCAAAUAGACAUCGAGAGUGUCGUUUAUGAAAUUGGGCAUGGCUGCUUGAAUAACUCCUUGAUUGAUCCUGAGAAUCAACACAGAAUCAACAUCUUCAUCAACAGCAUCGACGACAGUUACCUAAUCGGUUUCUUGUCCAACUUGGGGAGCCUGUUCGAGCAUGGACACCAAUUAACAAUUUCUAAACUUUACCCAGAAAUAUCGUUCCCCGUCAGUCGUGGUACCCCCUUCAUUUCCCCAAAGAUUAAGUGGAACCACACCUACACGUGGGAAACGGUGUCGUUCAGAGAGCUGCAGUUCCUGAAAGUGGGCGCCAAAAAGUACGAGCUCAACUUCGACAAGAACGGAAACUGGAAUUUUGCCCACGGACACGUGAUCGACGGAAGAAACUUGUUCCCGGCAACUGGUUAUCUGAAGUUGGUCUGGGACACCUACUGUUCCACUGAGGGGUUCGACCUGAGGCAAUACGAAAUAGUGUUCGAAAAUUGCAAGUUCCAUCGAGCAGUGAAUUGCGUCAAGGAAGGUAACUUGGAGAUGAUCGUGAUGGUGCAGAGGAACACCGGAAACUUCGAGAUCAUCGAAGGUGACCAGGCUGUUGUGACUGGAAGGAUUAGAUAUAAAUCUGGCAGGGAGAAACAGAUGAAGGUGCAUCAGUCUGAUAUUGAAGACAACGCCUCCUUGCCCUUGAAGACCAAGGACAUUUACAAAGAGUUAAGACUUAGAGGGUACAACUAUAGUGGUCUCUUCAGAGGUUUGUUGGAGGUCAAUGGAAAGUUGAACAAGGCCAAAGUGAAGUGGUCUAAUAACUGGGUGGCAUUCCUGGACAAUCUUUUGCAAGUUAAAAUUCUAGAACUAGAUUCUAGGCUACUGUAUGUGCCUACCGGUAUCAGAAGAAUCAUCAUCAACCCUAAAAAGCACUUUGAAAUCAUUAAUGAAAAUGGUACUGAAGAAGAAUCUGAACUGAAGGCUUUCAUUUGUCCUGAAUCUGGAGUUAUAAAAUGUGGCGGUGUUCAAGUAGAAGGUUUAGGUGCAUCUUCCAUAAUUAGAAGAAAACCACUCGGCGAACCAGUUUUGGAAAAGUACAUAUUUGUCCCCAACGAAGCUGAACUGUCUCUUGAAUGUUCGGCAAGGGUCAACAUGCAGAUCUUGUUAGAAAACAACAUGGAGUAUAAAGUGAAAGUUGUGGAAGUUAGAGACGAAGAAAACAUUGAUGACCAACCUUUGGGACCCAUAAUUCAUCAGGUGCUGGGAGACCAACCUGUAAUUCAAGCUGAAGUCACAGUUUUGUCCAAGACUCCACUUGAAUUGGAAAAUGUAACUGUGGAAUCUGGUAAACUGGAACAAUACUCCGAGUGUUCCGUUGUUGUAAUCAAUAAAGGCCUUUCUAGAAAAGAUUUGGUGCAACGAGUCUUCAACAGUAUCAAACCAAAUGGAUUCAUCAUUUCUAGAGAAAAUCUAGACACACCCAUAAAGAGAUUGGACAACUUUGAGCUAGAAAUAUUGACUGCCCACAAAACCAACAAGGAACUAGUUCUUCUUUUAAGAAAGACCGUCGAUUAUCAAAGAGCAGUAGCUGUAGACGUCCAAAACCAAAAUCAACAGUGCAAUUGGGUGUCAAAAUUGCAGAAAUCCAUUGGUCAAGGAGGAAACGUUAUUGUCCACGCCCUUAACGAACCCCAAAGUGGAAUCCUUGGUUUGGUAAAUUGCAUACGCAGAGAACCAGGAAGUGGUACCGUACGUUGCGUCUUCACCACCGAGGAAGUGCCCGAGUUCGACCAGUUCAACCCCUUCUACUACCACCAGCUAAAGAAGAACAUGGCUGUGAACGUCUACAAAAACGGUACCUGGGGCACGUACCGACAUUUAGCUUUGGAAGACAACGCCCAAGUACUGACCGAGCACAAGUACCUCAACGUGGCGGUUAAAGGCGAUUUGUCCAGUCUCACGUGGUUUGAGGGUCCGUUGCAUUCCAAGUCUGAGAUUGCACCUGAAAGUACUUUGAUCCAUACUUAUUACACCGCCUUGAACUUCAGGGACGUCAUGACUGCUACCAAUAAGAUUUCAGCGGAUGUUAUCACCCAGUACCGGCCUGCUCAGGACAAUGUUAUUGGCUUUGAGUUUGCUGGAAGAUUGACAAGUGGGAAACGAGUUGGAGGUCUUCUGUUGUUUGGUGGUUUCUCCUCCGUUAGCAUAGCAGACUCAUACUUGUUGUUUGAAGUGCCUGAAGAAUGGAGUAUGGCAGACGCCGCCACUAUUCCUGUUGUCUAUUUGACAGUAGUGUACGCCUUAUUUUCUAGAACCACAAUCAAAAAGGGAGACAAAGUGCUGAUCCACUCAGGUACUGGAGGUGUCGGUUUGGCCGCCAUCCAAUUAGCCUUGCACGUAGGUUGUCAAGUGUUCACAACUGUGAGCACUGAAGAGAAGAGGAAUUUUAUUAAAAAAAGGUUCCCCCAACUAACAGACAAAAAUAUUGGUAACUCCAGAGACACGUCCUUCGAACAGCUCAUAAUGGAACAAACUGAAGGCUACGGAGUCGACGUGGUGCUCAAUUCUCUUUCCGACGAUAAACUCCAAGCCUCCAUUAGAUGUCUGGCAUACGGUGGUAGGUUCAUGGAAAUAGGCAAAUUCGACUUGGCCAACGACAGUAGGAUAAACUUGCUGAAUUUGGAAAAGGAGCAAAGCUUCCACGGUGUCAUGUUGGAUGGGUUGUUGGGUGGAAGUCCAAUGCUCAAAAAACAAUUGAGCCACUGUUUAAAUGGAUUUAUUAAAUGCGGGGCCGUUAGGCCUUUGCCCAAGACCGUUUUUAAAGACGACGAAGCUGAAAAGGCCUUUAGGUACAUGACCACCGGCAAGCAUAUUGGUAAGGUUUUGAUUCAAUUACGGAAGGAAGAGAAGGAGAUGGUUGUCGUGCCUCGUGUUGCUUUGUACAAGGCUGUACCCAGGUACUUCUGUAACCCGGAUAAUUCUUACAUCAUAGCUGGUGGUUUGGGUGGAUUUGGACUGGAGUUGGCUGAUUGGUUGGUCAUCAGAGGUGCCAGAAAAAUUGUGUUGAACUCCAGAAGUGGGCUGAGGACUGGAUAUCAAAAUCUCAGAAUAAAUAUUUGGAAGUCAUAUGGUACUGAUGUUAUGAUAUCAACUGCAGACAUCACCACAAAAGAAGGUUGUGAGGAGUUGCUGAAGACAGCUAACGAACUUGGUCCGGUGGAAGCUAUUUUUAACCUAGCGGUGGUGCUUAAGGACUCAAUUCUUGAGAACCAAACCAGUGAUACCUUCAGGGAUUCAUACAGGCCGAAAGCUUUGGCGACGAAGUACUUGGAUGAAAUUUCCAGAAGGCUUUGCCCUAAGUUGAAAGAUUUCGUCGUGUUUUCUUCCGUAUCUUGUGGCAGAGGAAAUGCAGGUCAAACAAACUAUGGCCAUUCCAACUCCGUUAUGGAACGAAUUUGCGAAAAAAGAAAAAGUGAAGGAUUGCCAGCUUUGGCCAUUCAAUGGGGUGCCAUAGGUGAAGUAGGACUGGUGGCGGAUAUGCAGGAGGAGAACACCGAAAUAGAAAUUGGUGGUACCCUACAGCAAAGAAUUUCAAGUUGCCUCCAAGUCAUGGACAAACUGCUGCGUUGUCCCGAGCCGAUAGUUUCCAGCAUGGUUGUGGCGGAGAAGCGGGCUGGUGCUGGAGGAGCCGACAACAUUAUCGACGCAGUUGCCUACAUUUUGGGAAUCAAGGACAUGAAGGCCGUGAGCUACCACGCCUCCUUAGCCGAGCUGGGAAUGGACUCGAUGACUGCGGUGGAGAUCAAGCAGACACUGGAGAGGGAGUUCGACGUCUUCCUCACGGCCCAGGACAUUAGGAGCAUGACGCUGAGCAGGCUGCAAGAAAUCCAGGACGAGAGGUCCCAAAGCGAGGCCCCGGAACCCACGGCCGAAAAGAUAGAGGUCAACUUCUUCACUGAGCUGUUUAAAAUUAUCGGCGACGAACAAACCGUCAAUGUACCUUUGCUGAAGAUGACCUCCAAAGUGAGGGACAACGAGGCAGCACCCAAGGUGGUGUUUUAUCCUGGCAUCGAGGGAGUUGCCGACAUGAUGGCGUCGCUGGCGAUGAACUUGGAUGCUCACGUGUUGGCCGUGCAGUACUGCCCUGAUGGUCAUGGCGAUACAGUUAGGGAGAUGGCAGAAAAAACUGUACCGUACGUGUUGGAUUGUUUGACCAAGCAACAACAUUUCACGAUCGUCGCCCAUUCGUUCGGGGUACCGGUGGCUUUGGAGGCUGUGAGUCUGCUGGAAGAGGCUGGCUAUGGAGGGACGGUGAUCUGCAUCGACGGUUCCCCGAAUAACUUGAGGAUUUUGUCCGGCAUGAUCAACACCAACUCGGCCACCAACUGGGAGACUUCACUUAUGGUGCAUUUCCUGUCGCAGGCUACCAGUACCGAAGUAGCGGAGAAGAAUAAGGCGAUAUUGGCGUCUUGUGCGUCUAUGGAGGAGAGAAUAUCCGUGAUGGAACAGGUCGUGGGUCUUCAGUCUCGUUACUCCUGCGAACACAUAAAAAGUCUGACGGAAAGCUCGUUUAAGAGGAUCCAUGCGGUGAACACGUACUCCCUCAAAAAGCUGCCGUUGAAAUCGAAAGUUAUUUUGCUGAGGCCGACGGUGCAAAGCGUCGUAGGACUGUCGGAAGAUUAUGGUCUUUCGGAGAUGGUUGGCCAGACUGUUGACGUGCACGUGUUCGAAGCUGAUCACGUUUCCAUUUUGUCGCAUGCUGAUGUGGCCAAAUUAAUUAACGAUUUGGUUAACAUAACUCAGACUUUCGUUAAGGAAAGUAUUGUGAAGGUUAAUGAAUUUGUUAAAGUUCGUUCAGAGACAAGUAUUUAAUUCAUAUUAUAUAUGAGGUUGAGCAUUUAGAAAUGUAUUCUAAUUUUUUUAAUUAAAU